AGAGGAAAAAUUGGUUCAUGCAGAAAACUUCAAAUGCAGCUAAGUAGCCCACUUAGUGUGGGCUACAGUAACCAAGAGGGAUUUCACCGCAUCCAUUCAGUCAGUGCUUACGAGGGUUAAAAGAAAUUCCAAAGAGUCAUCAGAAGAGGAAAAUGAAAGGUGAUGAUUCUUGCCACACAGGUAAAGAAAGGCCUUUGAAAAUGUGUAAUAUGUAAAAUUCUUUAACACCCCCAGGAUACUUUUUCCAGAAUUAACGAUAUAAAUUGUCCCUCUGGUUUACGGGCUUCCAUUCAACCCUCUAAUCACUACGCAGAGUAACCUGAAGUUACUCAGCUCCUGACACAAUGAACAAGGUCUGCUCUUGUCCUGUAUUGCACUAACUCUUCUUCUGCUUGCCAAUGGGGCUCCGACAUUGCCUCCUCCCACCACCGUGCUGGAGUACUUACUACGUGACUUAAUGGAGGUCCAACAAAAACUCAAGACUGUAUCAGAAAGGAUGAAGAAAUAUGAACUCUACAUCCCAAGUAAUACCAGUAGCAUGUCAGAUCUGCAGUGUUUCACUAAAGAACUGAACCCUGUGGUUGGCGCAUUGAAAUAUGAAUCAAAAGAUGCUCAGACUAUUCAGGAACAUAUCAACAACAUUAAUGAGACAGUUAACAGCUUAACGGGAACAGAAACAACCCAGUGUCAUUAUGCCACCAAAAUGAAGAUCGAAGGAUUUUUUAAAGAAUUUGUUUCCUUCUCCCGAAAACUCAGAGCACUAACUCAAUGA